AUGGGUCGCUAUCUUACUCCCGCCAAGAUCACCCUACUUGUGGUGGCCUACUUGUACACCGAGGACGAUGUGGUGCCUCACGAUGCUGCCACAAAUGUCCUGAGAUUCUUGCUCAAGAAUGUUCUACCAGCAGACAAGGCUUCCGGCGCCACGUUAUCUUCCGAAGGUCUUGAGGCUUCGCUGCCGAUAUCAGCUUUUGAGUCCACGCUGGCAUGCCACGACUCGGCCAGGCCAGGUCGGACACUAUACGACCUUCUUCUAAAAUACCUAUGGGCAAUUGACUGUGCUCAUGCUCUUGAUGCAUUUAUCACGAAUCUGCCGUGUCUUCUCGCCAAGACGAGAGAUCAAAUCCUUCGUGAUCGUGAGCGGGAACCCUCUGAGGAACCGGAGGAAACAAAUGGCCGCAUCCUGGGUACUUCACCCCUGGGGGCUUUCAUCCGGCGGUGCCAUCUAGAAUACGUCCGUCUCCAGUUUCAAGACAGCAUCGCCCUGUGGCAGGAUUUCAUCUCCUACCGCCUUCCAACUCGCCAAGCCUUUGAAAAGAAACACCCCGCCGAGUCUACGUCCAGCCUGGAUGCCAACUUGUCAGGAAUGCAUAUCGACUCCACUCAUCCCAUCGCGAGAAUAAUGUAUGCGCGUCUUGCCGAAGAGGAACCUCCCCGCGAUGGUGUCUUCAGCACCUACGAUGUCGAGAAGCUCAUGGAAUUUCAGGUCGCCGAAAUGCAGCGCCUAGGCAGCCGGCUUCCCGACCGGAUGAAGACCCGUCUCGAAACGAUGGGCAAGGCGGGCGCCGUGAUUCCCAAACUAGGUCACUAUCUAGCCUUUCUGGACUCCUGGCGCGCCGGCGACUUCUCGUCUGCGUUGGACAAUCUACACCGGUACUUCGAUUACGCAAUGCAAACUAGAGAACGCGCCUGUUAUCAGUACGCCCUGCUGAACCUGGCAAUCCUACAGGCAGAUUCUGGCUCCUACGCCGAAGCGCUCCCAGCCAUGCAGGAGGCCAUUGCCGUCGCCCGGGAAAACAAAGAUGUUCCUUGCCUCAACUUUUGUAUGAGUUGGGUAUAUCAUUUCGGUCGGUCGUUCCCGGGGCAGCGCAAGCACAUUGUCACCUCGGGGAUCCUGGGCAAUGAGGUCGAGGGUUUGGCAUUCUUGAAGGCACGAGCCAAAGACGCUGAGAUGUGGUCCCUUCUGAGCACGUCACUGCUUAGCGAGGCGAAGCUGGGACUGCAGUACGGCGAUAGUCUUGCCGUUGUGUUCGAGAACAUUGCCAAGGCAAGUUAUUUGAACACUGUCAAGGCCGACCAGAGCGUGACGGGGCCCUUGAUGCUCAUGAGGAGCGCGACGUACAGCCGUGCCGGUCUGACACAUAUGAGUUGGUGGGCGGGACAAGCGUUCUUGCAGUGCUAUGCACAAGAUGCGCCUCUCGAAGACGUCCUGAAGUGCAGAUGUCGCACGGCAGGAUUGCUUGCACACCGAGGACGGUACGAUGAGGCUACAGACGUGCUGAACAGCAUGCCGUCGGAUGUGUCGAGGGUGCUGAAGUAUCAGAAAUAUCUCACAAUCUAUGCCGGCACGUUGAAGGCGAAAAGAUUUCUGCACCGGGAAGAUCUGACCGCCGCGGAACACCUGCUUGAACGGUUGAGGGGCCAGGGCGUGCCUGAGGCCGAAAUGGCAUUCACGUUGGCGCUGCUCGAGAUUGAUCUGUUGAUCCGCCAGGGCAAUUUGACGAAAGCACUCGACCGGGUUGAGGCCGCGGUAGGGAAACCCGAUCAGGAGAUCAGCGAUAUUGCGAUCCAGACGCAGCUGUUGAAUCUGAAAGCAAGGAUCCUGGCUGAAAGCGGUUUCCCACUUAAGGGUUUCUCGCUCGUCAUGCGGGCAUCUCAGAUUGCAUUUCGAGGAAGACUUUUGCCGGCAUUAUGGGAGUCGAUCGGCUUACUGGCGAAUAUCCUCAACGAACUGCACGAGUUUAGUGCGGCGGCGGAUCUUUUGGAGUCCAUUCUACCGCGGGUACUCGAAUUCCAGGACUGCUAUAUGGCAGGGCGGUCGUUUGGGCUCUUGGCCGACGCGAACAUGGGCAUGGCUGGGGCAGAAAUUGACCAGUCGACAAAACAAAAGGAGUUUAUCGGCAAAGCCGUGGAGAACGUUGAUCACUCAUAUCAGCAAUUCCGGCGUGUUGAGGACCUCAAAGGUCAGCUGGAGAUGCUGAAGAAAAAAGCCACAAUCAUGCAUUGGCGAGGUGAUUUAGUGCUAGCAAACGAUAUGGCCACACAGUAUCUCGAACUAGCGAAGCAAUAUAGGGCUCAGCGGGUCUGA